AUUUGAUUCUCUCCGCUCCAGACGAAUGUAAGUCUUUACAAUAGUAGGGCAUUUUCAUUGCACAAGCAACGAUUAGCCAGCAUCAAGGGAUACGAGAAUAAGCAGAUUUCCAGUGUCGUGGCCAAAGUUGAGAGAAUGAGAUCUGAAUCCAUUAACAGACGUAAGUAGGUCGAACAAUAACAGCUCGGAGAAGAAAAUCAACGGAUAAAGUAAUUAGGUCUUCCCUAACUUUAGAAUUAAGUUGAUCGAAAUAGCAAAUGAAAAGAAGGCAUUAUCUUAACAGGUCAAAUUAUGCUAGGCCAAAAAGAAGUUAUAACAAUUAAUUAGACAUUAAUAGAAUAUGAUGGAGAACCUUAUUUUGAUGAAGAAGAUCACCAACGUGUAUUUAUUUCAGCUCAUCUAGAACCUCAUCCAUCACUCAUCGAGUCUAAUAAUAGGAUUUCCAUCUCAGUAAAUUCAAGCAGCUUGACAGGUACCUCCAAGAUGAUGACAAGACUUUUCUUAAGUAAAAUAUUUCUCCAUUUAUUCACCAAAGGCCUUCACUCAUACAGAGUCCCAACCAAUCUUAAUAAAAUUCAUAACACACCUAAAAUACAAAAACUCUGGAUGCCACUCACAUCAAGUUGUCAGAAUUAAGAGUUUAUUCAAAUGGAUAAUUACUUCAAUGA